AUGAUUCUUGGACCGGACCCUGUGGAAGAGAUGAUAGAAAUUGUCCGGCAGAUCCGAGAAAGAAUCAAGGAAGCCCAAGAUAGGCAAAAAUCUUGUGCAGAUGCUCACAGAACCGAUCUACAAUUCGAAGCGGGGGACAAAGUUUUCCUGAAAGUAUCGCCGUCGAAAAGGUUAACGAGAUUCGGCGUCAAGGGCAAGCUAAGACCACGUUUCAUCGGACCCUAUGAAAUCCUAGAAACGGUCGGCCCUGCGGCGUACAGACUGGCACUUUCGUCGAGCUUCAGAAAUGUGCACAAUGUUUUUCAUGUAUCACAAUUGAGGAAAUAUGUGUUCGGCCCUAAACACAUAGUCCACCAGGAAGAAAUGGUGUUAGAACCGGAUUUGAGCUAUAAAGAGCAGCCAGAAGCAAUUUUGGAUCGAAAAGUAAAAGAGUUGAGGAUUAAGGCUAUUGUAACAGUGAAAGUCCUAUGGAAGCAUCAUGGUCACGAGGAAGCUACGCAGGAACUUGAAGACAAAAUGAAAGAGAAGUACCCGGAGCUUUUUGAAUGA